AGGACCACUUUCCCUUCUACAAAGUAAGCCGCCAGUCAUCUUCCCAUCAAAGUCACAGUUACACUGUUGCCACUAUAUCGUAGAGAGAGAGAGAGAGAGAGAGAGAGAGGUGUAUAAGAUACAGGAGAGGAGAUGGCGGGAGUGAGGAGGAUGAAGCUAGGUUCACAAGGUCUGGAAGUAUCAUCACAGGGACUAGGCUGCAUGGGCAUGUCCUGCUUUUACGGCUCUCCCAAACCCGAUUCCGACAUGAUUCCACUCAUCCACCACGCCAUUAACUCCGGCAUCACCUUCUUCGACACCUCCGACGCCUACGGUCCCCUCACCAAUGAAAUCCUAAUCGCCAAGGCUCUCAAGGGAGGGUUAAGAGAGAGGGUUGAAUUGGGAACCAAGUUCGGUAGCAUCUUUUCCGACGGCAAGGUGCAUGGCCGCGGAGAUCCGGCGUAUGUCCGGGCCUGCUGCGAGGGCAGCUUGAAGCGGCUCGACAUCGAUUGCAUUGAUCUCUAUUACCAGCAUCGCGUUGACACUGGCGUCCCUAUCGAAGUCACUAUGGGAGAACUCAAGAAACUGGUUGAAGAGGGUAAAAUCAAAUACAUAGGUUUAUCUGAGGCCUCUGCUUCAACAAUCAGAAGGGCGCAUGCUGUUCAUCCGAUAACAGCUGUACAGUUGGAGUGGUCGUUAUGGACAAGAGAUUCAGAGGAAGAAGUUAUUCCUACUUGCAGAGAGCUCGGCAUUGGGAUUGUUGCAUACAGUCCUCUAGGACAAGGAUUCUUGUCUUCAGGUCCCAAGCUGGUUGAAAAGUUGUCAAAUGAUGACAUCCGUAAGCUUCUGCCGAAGUUCUACCCUGAGAAUGUGGAGCAUAACAAGAACUUGUUUGAGCGAGUAAAUGCUAUGGCAGCAAGGAAGGGAUGCACACCAUCACAGCUCGCAUUGGCCUGGGUCCAUCACCAAGGAAAUGAUGUGUGCCCCAUACCAGGCACCACCAAGAUUGAAAACUUAAACCAAAACAUUGGUGCUUUAUCCGUGAAGCUAACGAAAGAAGAAAUGGCCGAACUUGAAGACAUUGCUUCAGCUGAUGCUGUUAAAGGUGAUAGAUUCGGGGGCAUGUCACUCACUUGGAGGGAAUCAAACACUCCCCCACUGUCAUCGUGGAAAGGCGAUUAAACACACCCCCAUUGUUCCCGUGAAAAGGUGAAUAAACACACACCUCUGCCUCCUUUAGUUCCUUGAGGACCGGUUGUGUUGUCAUUUUGUAGUGUUUUAGAACUUGUUGGGUUCCUGCAUCUCUAUGUUGUUCAGAAAAAGGUGUAUUUUCCACAAGUGCCUGGCUUUGUGUUCAAGAUCAGAAUAAACAGAAUGUACAAGUAUAUGUGUUUGUGUGUGGACUGUCUGCACAGUCUGCGCGCACAUGUAUUUAUAUAUAAACGUAUGUAUGCAUAUUGCAGUAAAAGCUAUGUAAUGACGGCAGAAUCAAAUGCCAAUAAAUGAGCAUUGUUUGUGAACA